UUAAAAUUUGAAACCUCAACCGAUGGUCCAGAUAGCGCGGCUAAUUUCCGAACAAAAGGUCGCGUGUUCGAUUCACGUCGGGUUCAAAACCCCAGAUCAAUGCGGGUCCUCUUUUUCCCUUUUUGUUUCCACUGGCCUUUUUUUUUUGGGCCAGUAAAAGAAGCCUCCUCUGUCGGUAGGCCACUCCAAUCGACACUGGUCUCCAACUAGAAAAAGCGAAAAACCCCAAAACCCUACACUACCUCCAAAAGAUGGCUUUAUUUUCUCGCAUCCGUUCAUCAACAACCGUCGCAAGUUUCCACCUCCGCCGUUUUUCAAUCCUCUCUCCGGACUCCUCCACCCCUCUCACCUCUCACCAAAAAUCACGCGCCGCACUCUCCCUCCUCAAAUCCGAACAAAACCCUGAUCGCAUCCUCGAAAUCUGCCGCGCCGCCUCCCUCACCCCAGCCUCCCACCUCGACCGAGUCGCUUUCUCCAUCGCAAUCUCCAAACUCUGCGAAGGCAACCAUUUCCACUCCAUCGACACUUUCCUCCAUGAACUCCGUUCCCGUCCUGACUUACAUAACGAGCGUUUCGCUGCCCAUUCUUUAGUCCUGUACGGUCAAGCCAAGAUGCUAAACCAUGCCUUAAAGGCCUUUGACGACUUUUAUAAUGAGGGGCUAUGCUGUUCGGCGAAAUCCUUAAACGCUUUGCUCGUGGCAGGGUUGAUAGCGAAGGAUUAUAAAGAAGUGAAGAGGAUAUUCGUGGAAUUUCCUAAAAGGUACGGGAUUGAACCCGAUUUAGAAACUUAUAAUACUGCGAUUAAAGCUUUGUGUGAAUCUGGGUCUUCGAGUUCAGUGUAUUCCAUUUUGGUUGAUAUGAAAAACAAAGGGGUUAAACCAAAUGCGACGACUUUUGGGACUUUGUUAGCUGGGUUUUAUGCGGAGGAGAAGUAUGAGGAUGUUGGGAAAGUGUUAAAUUUGAUGAAGGAACAUGGGAUUCCUGUUGGGGUUAGUACUUAUAAUAUAAGGAUUCAGAGCUUGUGUAAGUUGAAGAAGUCUAAUGAGGCUAAGGCUUUACUUCAAGGUAUGCUGUCAAAAGGGAUAAAGCCGAAUGCGGUUACAAUUAGCCAUUUGAUUCAUGGGUUCUGUAAGGAAGGGAAUUUGGAGGAAGCUAAGAUGCUGUUUAAGAGUAUGGCGAAUAGAGGUUUAGAGCCCGAUAGUCAGUGUUAUUUUACUUUGCUGCAUUUCUUGUGUCAAGGUGGGGAUUUUGAGACUGCUUUGAGUAUUUGUAAGGAGAGUAUGGAGAAAAAAUGGUUCCCGAAUUUUUCAACUAUGAAAUUGCUUGUGAAUGGACUUGCUAGCAUAUCUAAGGUUGAGGAGGCUAAGGAACUUAUCCAGAUUGUUAAGGAGAAGUUCCCAAAUAAAGCAGAUAAGUGGGAUGAAAUUGAAAAGGGUUUGCCACAAUAGAGAAGUUAACGAGGGUGUCCUAGAGGUUGUUAUGUAAGAGAAUGGUCAUGAAUUAUUAAAGCUAGUUGUGCCAAAUUAUUAUUGAAAUGAAAAUGAAUAUGGCAGUUUUCUCAUUAA